CUUCCCUGCUCUUGUCACAGUCUUCAAAGUUUUCCUUUAACUGGCUCUGUUUCGCUUUAACGGACUCGCUCUUGAAGGCAACUUUGAGCCAUUACCAUAAAAGGACAAUCGGCAUGGCCUGCUCUGAAUAGGUUCCUGUAAAAGCCGGAGUGUUGCAAUGCAGACUGUCCCACACCAUCUCAGCAGCCAGCAGAGUUGCAUGCACCCCAUGCAGGGAAGCAGGGCGACAUGGAGGUCCCCCUUUCGCUCGUGGUCAGGGUCAUGGACUCUGGAGCCAGACAACCCUAGUUCAAGCCUUGCUCUGCUACUUUCCAGUAACAUGACCAUGGGCAAGUUGCUUAACAUAUCUGAGCCUCAGUUUCCCCAUCAGCACAAUGGAACCAAUAAUACUUCGGCCAAAGGAUGUUGGAAGCAGGAGCUGGCCAACAGCUCGGAUGUGACCCUCCCAGAUCGGCCACUGUCUCCUCCUCUCACUGCACCCCCAACCAUGAAGUCCGCUGAGUUUUUCGAGAUGCUGGAGAAAAUGCAGGGGAUCAAGCUUGAAGAGCAGAGGCCAGGACCCCAGAAGAACAAGGAUGACUAUAUCCCGUACCCCAGCAUUGAAGAGGUUGUGGAGAAGGGCGGCCCAUAUCCUCUGAUCAUCCUGCCCCAGUUUGGAGGCUACUGGAUUGAGGACCCAGAGAAUGUGGGUACUCCAACGUCACUGGGCAGCAGUGUUUAUGAGGAGGAGGAAGAGGACAGCCUGAGCCCCAACACGUUCGGCUACAAGCUUGAGUGCAGGGGUGAAGCCAGGGCCUACCGCAGGCACUUCCUGGGCAAGGAUCAUCUGAACUUUUACUGUACUGGCAGCAGCCUGGGGAACUUGAUCCUGUCCAUCAAAUGCGAGGAAGCUGAGGGCAUUGAGUACCUUCGGAUCAUCCUCAGGUCCAAACUGAAGACAGUGCACGAGCGGAUCCCCUUGGCUGGAUUGAGCAAGUUGCCCAGCGUCCCUCAGAUCGCCAAGGCUUUCUGUGAUGAUGCAGUGGGCCUGAAAUUCAAUCCUGUCCUGUACCCCAAGGCCUCUCAGAUGAUCGUGUCCUAUGAUGAGCACGAUGUCAACAACACUUUCAAAUUUGGUGUCAUUUAUCAAAAAGCCAGGCAGACCCUGGAGGAAGAGCUGUUUGGGAACAAUGAGGAGAGCCCAGCUUUCAAGGAGUUUUUGAAUCUCCUAGGGGACACCAUCACAUUGCAGGACUUCAAAGGUUUCCGAGGCGGCCUGGAUGUGACCCACGGACAGACAGGGGUGGAAUCGGUAUACACCACUUUCCGGGACCGGGAGAUCAUGUUCCAUGUCUCUACUAAGCUGCCCUUCACGGAUGGUGACACUCAGCAGUUGCAGAGAAAGCGGCACAUUGGGAAUGACAUUGUGGCCAUCAUCUUCCAAGAAGAAAACACACCGUUUGUCCCAGAUAUGAUUGCUUCAAACUUCUUACAUGCCUACAUUGUUGUUCAGGCUGAGAGCCCAGGCACAGAGACGCCAUCCUACAAGGUAUCAGUCACUGCAAGGGAAGACGUGCCUGCCUUUGGCCCCCCUCUGCCAAGCCCACCUGUUUUCCAAAAGGGCGCAGAAUUCCGGGAGUUUCUGCUCACCAAGCUCACAAACGCAGAGAAUGCUUGCUGCAAGUCGGACAAGUUCGCCAAGCUGGAGGACCGGACCCGGGCUGCUCUCAUGGACAACCUUCACGAUGAACUUCACACACACACACAGGUCAUGCUAGGCUUGGGCCCUGAGGAGGACAAGUUUGAGAAUGGCGGCCAUGGAGGAUUCUUGGAGUCUUUUAAGAGAGCCAUCCGUGUGCGUAGCCAUUCCAUGGAGACCAUGGUGGGCAGCCAGAGGAAGCUGCACGGUGGGAACAUUCCUGGCAGCCUCAGUGGGGGUAUUGUCCACAACGGCAUGGAGGUCACCAAGACCACUUUCUCGCCUCCGGUGGCCGCAGCAACCGUGAAGAACCAGUCACGCAGCCCCAUCAAGCGACGGUCGGGACUCUUCCCCCGCCUGCACUCGGGCUCUGAAGGCCAGGGGGACGGCCGGACACGAUGUGACAGUACCUCUAGCACUCCCAAAACCCCGGAUGGUGGACACUCUUCUCAGGAGAUAAAGUCCGAGACCUCGUCAAAUCCCAGCUCUCCAGAAAUCUGUCCCAACAAAGAAAAGCCCUUCAUAAAGUUGAAGGAGAAUGGCCGCGCCAACAUCUCCCGUUCCUCCUCCAGCACCAGCAGCUUCAGCAGCACCGCAGGGGAGGGGGAGGCCAUGGAGGAGUGCGACAGUGGGAGUAGCCAGCCAUCCACAACUUCACCCUUCAAGCAGGAGGUGUUUGUCUACAGCCCGUCCCCGAGCAGCGAGAACCCCAGUCUGGGGGCUGCUGCUACCCCCAUCAUCAUGAGCCGGAGUCCCACAGAUGCCAAAAACAGAAACUCCCCGAGGUCAAACCUGAAAUUCCGCUUUGAUAAACUCAGCCAUGCUAGCUCCAGUGCGGGUCACUAAGGGGAGAGCAGAGUCCUUUCCCUGUCCAAGAGCUUGUUCUGCGUCUCCCCUUCCUUAUCUCCACAGGGAAGUCUUGAUUCUGGCCUGCAGAAGGCUCCUAUUCCAGCCGUUUGGGAGUGCCGUCUACUACUCUGACCGUUCAGGUUGCUGUCUCACUGGCCACCUGCCCAGCAGACCAGCUGUCUGUUCCAUGUCCUGACCUGGCCAUGAUCUUGCUGGCUCCUUCUCUAACAGACCUGAAAGCCCCAACCUCGACUCCUGACCUCCUGAUGUGAUCAGUUAUCUGAGUCAACUGUCAACUUGUUUUACCUGCUGGAAAAGAGUUGGACAUGGGGGAGUCUGGGUCCCAGGGGGCUCAGCGAGAGGCUGGGGAGCUCGUCUCCCAGAGACAGAGGGGGUUGGGUGGUGGGGAGCAGAGGUGGCUGCAGAGUGGUUUGUGGGUGCUGUCUGUCUUGGGUACAGUGCCUUCCUGGACAUGGUGGAAGGGCUGCUUUCCCAGGAAUUUCCCAGCGCCCUCCGGGUUGUAUCUUACGGCUCCUGUGAUAGGCAUUUCUGACACAUCUGCUGGCCCAGGCCUAGGGACCUCUGUUCCUGCUGCUAGGCUGCCCUUAGGGAGGGCUCAGGCUGGUGGAAGCUCAGAGUCAGAGCUGGGUGUGUGCGGGCCCUGGCUGCAUGCUUCUCUGACCGUAGUCGCAAGGUGUUUUUCCUUUCUAAUUUUACACAAGCGCUGCUGACCAUCCUUGUGGGGAGAGAAGCCCCAGCAGCUUUUUCUCCUUGGAGCAGAUAGUUUUCCUCCAAAGGAGCGGGUAGCAAGGAGUGUGAGGAAGCCUAGAGAUCACAUGGCCAGCGCAGGGAGGUGAGGAAAGCUUCUGGAUGGUCAGGCUCACCUGGGAUCCAGCUCUCCACUUUUGUGGGACCCCAGAAAAGACAUAGUUCAAGCCAUCUCUUAGGUGAGAGAGAUGGGCAAGAUGCAGUUGGGGGCGGGGUGACUUGACAAGUUUUAGUCAGGCUGGUGUGUGGCAGUUGAACUUAGUUUUGGAAAUAGUAUGGUGUCCCUCUACCUCUGCUCCCGGCAUCUGUGAGGGGCUCAGUCCUACUUAGGGGCUGCUUCUUGGCUCAGUUCCCAGUCUCCAAUUGCAGGGUUCCAGGCAGUUGUCCCCUCGGCAGGGCUCCUGGAAGCCAGACCCCAUGAGCCCGCGCUUUUUACACCACAGAUCGUCUGCACUCCUUGCUGUGGCCACCUUCUCUGGGUGAGCCCGCUCAUCCAGACGAGUUCCCCUUGGCUCCCCAGCCUUCCAGGUUUGCAUGGCGGUUCAGCUGCUGGGUGGAGCACCUGCCAGUUUAAACACUGGGUCCAAACAACAGGCACUUGAAGAUCCUGCCCCAUUAAGUACACACAGGUCUCUGGCACAGGGCUCCUGCUUAAGUGAGCUGAUGACUAGAUUUCCCACCAAGGGCUUUGCCUGCCUAGGCUUCUAUUCCCAAGCUAAAGUACAGAGGGUGACCCAGCCUUUGGGGCUGGUAUUGUAACUAUGUCCCCACGACUUUUGUCACCCGAGCACAGUUUUCAUCCUUCAUCCCUAACACACUUACUGCAGCCAGGGAGGGAUACCGCUCCCUACUUCCACUUGGGAAACUUGCUUACGUGAAAUACUAGUCUGGUAAGAUCUGCUCUAGUUAGAAGGUCAAGAAACUAUCUGUUUAGCUUUUAUAAAAGCCAGAACAGUGGCAUCCACUGCAGGGAAGAGGCGGGUGGAUUCUGGCAGUGUUCUGCUGGCAGGUUUCUGCUUGAACUUGAAAGGUCAAACUGUGUUUUCUUUGAAACUAUUGCAGGACUCUGGCGCCCUCCUCUAGGUAGGACAGGUCUACCUUUGCUCCGUGGUUGUGCUAUGUCGCAUUUUGGUCUGGGUCCUCAGGAUCUUCCAGGCUGUCCCACACUGUUAUAGCUGGGAACCUGUUAAGUCUUGUCCCUACUGCUUUGGCUAUUUCUCUGCAGGCAUUACCUCUAGGCCAGGUGUUGGCUCUGCCUCUGGGCCAGUGGACAGGAUGGAUGACUGUGUACAGAGGAGCUGGGAGGCCCUGGGCUGAGAUCUUCACCCUUGGCUUGCUGAUAGGUACUCUGGGCAGGACCUGAGAUGCCCCUGCCCUCUGGCCAGGCCUCUCUCUAUCUAGCAGAUCCAUCCUGUGGCUUCCCGCGUGUGUAUCACCAGCCCAAACGGAGAUUUUUGCCAAGCAGGAGAGUAAUGGCAGGACCCAACCUUCUCUAAGCUCUCUCUGGAUUGGAGGCUGCUCCUCCUGCACUCUGAUCCAAUUUUCCCUUUGGGGCUGUUCCCAGUCUUAGGGCUUAGAGUCUUGCUGAAGCGCCUUCAUGUAACUGGGCUUGAUGCUUCUGCUUGUAUUUGGAGACAUUUCCACAGUUACCCCCACAAGGGGUUCUCCUGGCCACAACUCUAGCUCAGGGGACUGCCUGACUCACUGAAGGAGCUAUAUCUUGCAGGUGUUAAUAGGCACCCAGAUACCUGGAGCUCUGUUGAUACAUCAAAACAGAUGUGGGAGGGCUCCAUAGAGAACGCCUUUGCCAGAGUUUCUGUCCGGUAUUAAGCAUGUCAAAUGGCGCUUCUUGGAAAAUAACCCGUGGUUCAGUUUUGUGGGCACCCUUUGAUACUCAAGCAUUCUCAUCCUUCUGAGCAGAAAGAACUUGCCCGAGGCCAUACAGCCACCUAGUGGGCAAAACUGUUACUGCACCCACAGUCCCGGGCCCUUUCCUGUUGCACCAAUUGUACUUACUUUUGGUGGGGUGGAGUAAACGGUUGCAUUUCCUGGACUUGGGUCUGGGGAAAGUCUGUUAGCUGGAGUUUCUGCACUGGCAGGGAGAUGCCGGGGUUGGAAGAUGCUGAUAGGGCCUCAGCCGUGGUUGGGUGUCAUCAUGAGAAAUCUUGGUCAGGGAGGAGCUUGAGUGAAGGAAACCGAGGGGAAGGAACCCAGCAAAGUGCUGCUUGGGUCUUGAGUGACAGGGACAAAGUGACCCAGAGAAAGAUGCAUCAGCUACCGUUGGCUUCCUUGUUCUAAAUCAGGACAGAAAGUGGUAAGAAGAACUAAUUCUCCCAUCUCUCUUCUCUUCCUCCCACUUUCCAUUUCUUCCUUCCUCUCUCUGGUGGUGCUGGGAACCCAAGGCCUUGCUCACACUGAGUGAGUACCCUGCCCCUGAGCUAUGCCCUAGGCCUCUCCAGUUCUGAAGCCGGGGAUGGAUAAUAAAAUCCCAGAUCAGGUGACUAGGCGGGACACAGGCAGUUUCAUUUUCUUUCCUUUGACCCUUUAAGGUGCCAACUCAAACAUUACCUUUUGUCCAUUGUUCUUAGUCUGCAAAGACAGCUGUGUUGUAGGGGAGUGUCUGGGGUUCAGAUAGAGCUUUUGACUUCUGGGCCAACAGGGACCAGGUUAGUCAACCAUGCUCUGGGCCCCCACGCUCCUUCUCUAGCUUCUUACCCCUCAAUCAAAGGCAAGGGCAAGUUGGUACAGUAAACAAGGCCAUUCCUACCACUUGGAGGCAGCCUACCAAGCUCUGCUGUCUGUUUCACCAUUAGCCCCUUGCCCACACCAACCCCAUGUCUCUUCAGCUGGGCUAUGUGCUCCCUUGGGAGAAAGACAACUCCCCCCCAGAGCCAAGGGCAAUCUUCCUAGAGAGCAGCAGCUGGGGAGGUGGCUUUGGCCUGGGCUUUACCAUCCCUGGGGAGGCUGUGCCUGGCUGGAAGCCUGGAGUUAGUCGCCAUUGUCUUUGGUUUUGUGACAUUUCCUCUCAGAAGGCUGAAAUUCCCCUUCUUGCUCCUUAGCGUGUUUGCCAACUCUUCCUCCUCAUGAUGUCACCUUGACCUCCAGCUCCCAGGGUGCCAGUGUCUCCACGUGAGGAGAUGUCUGUGUGGUAGAACCCAUGAGGUGUAGUCUGGAAGUGAACCCCGUGACGAUGACUUCCCUCUGCCUCCUCCCAGCGAGGAGGUGAUUUGUAGAUCCCGACUGCCUCUGUAAUGUAAAUAGUGUACAUUUAAUUUAUUGCUAUGGUAGCACAUUGUAUUUGUUAAUGUAUAAAACAAAUUCUAAAAGGUUGACAAAUGUAUAUUUUGUUGCUUAAAUGUGUCUUUGCAGAAAUUGACAAUAAAUAAUAACAUAUUUUGUGUCCA